AUGUUGCUCUCUCGCUCCGUCGCUCUUUCUAUUUUGGCCACCCUCGGCGUCAACGCCUUGGUCCUCCCCAAUGUCGGCGACAUCAUCGAUGUCUUCCUGGGCUCUGAGCUUGCUGAGCUCAAGGAUUCCAUCGUGGAAUCUUCCAAGAAGUUGGGCCAGCAGGUCAUUUCAACCGUGGCUGACUACGAGGCCAAAUUCGCAAACUCAAAGGCUCUUGCUCCUUUGAUGGACAACGAUAGACAGGCCAUUGCUCACAAGUACAUUGUGGUGUUCAAGACCGGCUUGGCCCCUGAUGCAACCCAAUUCCAUCGCGAGUGGGUCGCUGCCAAGCACGCAGAGGAUGUCAAGUCCACCGACGCUUCCGACGAUUACUUUGCUUCUAUCAAGGACGCCAACGUGGAGGGCGGUAUCUCCGAUAUUUUCGACAUUGCUGACUUCUUAUCUGGAUACUCCGGUUACUUCUUGGAUCUGACCAUUGAUUGGAUCCGUCGCGAUCCUUCAGUGGCUUUUGUCGAGAAGGACUCCAUGGUUUACGCUAAUGAGUUCGAAGUGCAGAAGGGUGCUCCCUGGGGUUUGGCCAGAAUCUCCCACAGAGCUCCUCUCUCCUUGGGCUCCUUCAACCAGUACCUCUAUGAUUCCGAGGGUGGUGAGGGUGUCACCUCCUACGUGAUUGACACUGGUGUGUUCGUUGACCAUGUUCAAUUUGAAGGCAGAGCCCUUUGGGGUGCCACCAUCCCAUCGGGCGACAGCGACACUGAUGGUAACGGUCACGGUACCCACUGUGCCGGUACAAUUGCCUCCAAGGACUACGGUGUGGCCAAGAAGGCCAACGUCGUGGCUGUUAAGGUGUUGAGAUCGAACGGUUCAGGUUCCAUGUCCGAUGUCGUUAAGGGUGUUGAGUUCGCUGCCAAAUCUCACCAGGCUGCUGCUAAGGCUGGAAAGAAGGGCUUCAAGGGCUCCACCGCUAAUAUGUCUUUGGGUGGAGGUAAGUCUCCGGCCCUUGACUUGGCCGUCAACGCUGCUGUUAAGGCCGGUAUCCACUUUGCCGUGGCCGCUGGUAACGAAAACCAGGAUGCUGCCAACACUUCCCCAGCAUCCGCUGAGUUGGCCAUCACUGUCGGAGCAUCGACCAUUUCUGAUGCCAGAGCAUACUUCUCCAACUACGGCUCCACUGUGGAUAUUUUCGCUCCAGGUCUCAACAUUGUCAGUACUUACAUUGGAUCUGAGACUGCCACUGCCACUUUGAGUGGUACUUCGAUGGCUUCUCCACAUAUUGCUGGAUUGUUGUCGUACUUCGUCUCGUUACAACCAGGCGCCAAGUCUGAAUUCUUUGUCUCCGACAAGGGUGUCUCAACUACUCAAUUGAAGAAGAACUUGGUGAACUACGCCUCUAAAAACAAGUUGACUGACAUUCCAGAAGACGGUACUCCAAACAUUUUGGCAUUCAACGGUGCUGGCCACAACUUGACUGACUUCUGGAGUGGAGCUGUGUAUUUGGAGAGUGCUAAGGCAGUCUCCGAUAACGAGUUCUCCAUUCUUGGAGACAAGUUUGAGGCCAUGUACGAGAAAGUGGGCAAGGACUCAAAAGAGCUCUUGGAUGAGGUAAAGGAGCUCGUCAACGGCAUCUACAACAGAGAUUAG